CGUGUCAUCGGUGUUGUAGACAAAGUGAGCGAAGAAAACGAAAGUGCAUCCAGUGGGAGGAGUAAACACACGAGUGUCACCAGCAAGUGUUCAGGUCUAACCCGCUGAGCACGAUGACUUGAAAAUGGGACCACAAACAAUACCUCUGAUGCGUGCCCCACUGUGACCUGACAUACUGCGCCAUCAAGACGCACUUGAGUUACAAUGUGAUGGAUCCUGCUGGACCGCAACCAGGACCACCCCCUAUACCAGCACGUAGACUGCUCCACAGACAAAACGCAAAGUGUGACCACUCCGCAUCUGUGACAGAAACUGAAUUUCCGUCUCAUGUUUACGAGGACAUCGAUAUUAAUGUCGAAAGUUAUCAAGUGCCGAGAGUCAUACCCCCGCCUCUUCCGAAAUCUCGGCCUGAAUCCCAGACUCAAGGCCGAGGACGUCCCCAAGGUGCUCAGCAAGGGGGAUAUGUGGCUCUCCGACCCCGCCGUGCCGCCCCACCGGUCCCGAGUGCAAAGGCUCCAAGUGGACAAGACCACAUUUCCCCACCUGUACCACCCAGGAAACACGCGCCGCUCGGCCACAACAGAACCAGGUUCUCCUGUGAUCUGACUGUCCCUGUCCACAAUUUGGUCCGGUCCAACACACAAAUAGAUGACCUGGAUAAAUGGAUCAUCAAACUGACCGACGCUCCAGAAGGCAGCACAACGGUGAUGGCUGCAUUCUGUCAGGCCACAUCCAGGCUGCUGUCACGCUACAAGCACACGCAAGUGGCUCACAACACGGGCACGGUGUGUGCUCGAGUGUCACGCGUCCAUCCCGCGCUCCUGCAGCAGGUCGAGCUGAUUGUCAACGUGGCGAUCGAAAAUGAAAGUCACCAGCUUCCAAUCUCAACCACAGUGAACAGGACAGUGCAAAGUUUCAUCGAUGAGAUCUUCCAGCUGUUCGAAUUCGCUCGCAAACCCACCGGCCAUUAUGUUCUCAAGUUGUGCAACUCGGAGGAGUAUCUCCACAAUGACCAGCUGCUUGGUGUGCACGAGGUCGUUCAAACACACUGCAAGUUCAACAUGGACCUUCCCCUCCGACUGCUCCACUCCAGCAGCCGAAGACGCAGCCUGGCCAGGGAUGAAGGGGACGACAAACCUUCGGGUCAUGUCUACGAGCUGGUGAGACCCGUCUGCGUCUUCAAUGCUUGCAAGUUGAGCCUGCAGAAUGUGCUCUUAAGCUACAGCAGGGAGGAGGUCAUGCUGAUGAGAAAUAAAUCAGGGAUGAACGUUAACGUCAUGGUGACCCACGUUCGCACCAUUACCGAUCUCCUGUGCGGCCUCUCAGGCGAGGAGCUGGAAGACGCCAUUGGCCGGCUCAACAGAGUCAACCCCAUACCUCUAAGCUAUGAGGAAAUGUCAGAAUGUGAGAGUGCCAUGCGGGUGCUGCACGAGUCCCUGCUGAAAGUCAUGCAGAGCUUCUUUGCAAACUUCCUGUCCAACUUCAGAACUCUGGACAUGGCCAGCAAACCUCAGACUCGUGAUGUGGAGGAUAACGGUGAACUCUUACGGUUCAACGUGGCCGCGCUCUAUAAACUGCAACCCAGCUGGCUGGCAACAUUUGCCUGCUUUUCAAUUUCCUGUGAGCUGACUUAUGGGGAAACUCAGAUUUGCUCAGCCGUGGUUUCUGAAAACAUCAGCACUACUUUAUCAUUUGAGAAGAAAAUACGUUGCAACCGCAUGAUGGCGUUUCCUGUCCCAGUAAAGCAGUUGCCCUACGAGAGCAUGCUGACCUUCCAGCUGAUUGGCUCAAAGCGAGGAAAGAGCCCCGAGCUGCUGGCAUGGGCUGUUCUACCUCUUUACAGCAACAGAACCCUGGCCAGAGGGACCAUCCUGCUCAGUUUGUCCAAGUUGGCCAUGCUGUCUUCUCCCCCCUCCCCGGCCCUUUUUGACAGCCACCGACAAACACUGGGGGUCAUUCUGCAGGUUGAGUUUCCAGAUGAGGUCACCUGGACGUAUCUGCGGCCUGUCGCGCUCCCCGGCUCCUUCAUAUUCUCCCCGCCUUGUGAAGAUCUGGAAAAGAAAAUGUCACAAGUAUCCAAGAAGCUCUGCCUUUGCUUUCUUUCAGAAAAUGAGAAGAGCUUCCUGUGGAGUAAACGUCACAGCUGUGACAAAGCAAGCACCUUCCUCCACCUGGUGUUAGGUGGUGCUCCCAAGUGGCAGUCUGAGGACCUGACAGAGAUCUACACAGUUGUGGACCGCUGGGCCAUCCACCUUCCCGAGGAAGCCCUCUUCCUGCUCACCGAUAAUUUUCCAGACCAGACAGUGCGUGAGACCUCUGUGCAGUAUUUUGUGCAAAUACCCGAUGAUGAGCUGGAGCUGUUUUUGCCGCAGUUGGUCCAGGCUCUGAAGAGCGAAUGGGAGCUAGAUGGAGCUCUAGUCAUGCUGUUGUUGGAGAGAUCUAUAAAAAACAUUCGGAUUGCCCAUCAACUCUUCUGGCUGCUGGAGGACGCUUGCACAGAGCCGCACUACCAGAGCUGGUAUAGUAAAGUGCACGCGGCCCUGCGCUUCUGCUGCGGUCGAGCACUGCGGGAAGAGCUGGAUCGAGAGACCCACUUGCUGUCGGCACUCGUCCAGGUGGCAGAGAAGGUCCGGACGUCGGAGAAGACGCGACGGAAGACCGUUCUAAACAAAGAAAAGAUGAAGAUUGAGAAGUUUUUCAGUGAUGGGGGAAGCUGCCGUCUCCCUCUGGAUGUUGCGGUCCACAUCAAGGGGGUGGACCUGGAUGCCUGUAAGUUUUACAACUCCAAUACCUCUCCUCUGGGGCUGUCCUUCAUUUGCACUGACCCACUGGCUAAGAACAUCGCUGUGAUCUGCAAGACAGGAGAUAGCCUGCGCCAAGACAUGCUAGUACUGCAGAUGGUUCGUAUGAUGGACAGGGUGUGGCUCCAAGAAGGGCUGGACUUGCGAAUGAUCACCUACAGAUGUCUCUCUACUGGCACAACUCAGGGCCUCAUAGAAGUGGUUCCUGAGGCGGUGACGCUAGGAAAGAUUCAGCAGGAGUGGGGUCUCGGUGGCACCCUUCGACAGGACACCCUGGAGAAGUGGUUCCACAUGUGGAACAAAACCAAGGAUGACUACGAAAAGGCUGUGAUGAACUUCAUUCACUCAUGUGCAGGUUGGUGCGUGGCCACCUUCAUCCUGGGGAUCUGCGACCGCCACAAUGACAACAUCAUGUUGAAGCACAGCGGGCACAUGUUCCACAUCGACUUUGGCAAGAUCAUGGGCAAUGCACAGAAGAUCGCAAACUUGAAAAGGGACCGAUCACCGUUCAUCUUUACGUCGGAGAUGCAGCAUUUCAUCACAGGCGGUGGGCAGAAGCCUCAGCGCUUGCAUCGCUUUGUGGAACUCUGCUGUGAAGCUUACAACAUCAUCAGACACCGAUCUGGCCUCAUACUCAGCCUGCUGGAGCUCAUGACCAACGCAGGAAUGCCCGAACUGAAGGACUAUCAUGAUCUGCAGUACGUCCAGAGAAACCUCAGACCGCACGACACUGACCUGGAAGCCACAUCCUACUUUACAAAGAAGAUCAAGGAGAGCAUGGGUUCUGUUGCGGUUAAGCUAAACUUCCUGACACACAGCAUGGCCCAAAGGAAGAAGGCAGCGGCGCCCAUCCGUGAUGCCGUUCCUGCUCCGAGCACCAACAUUCAAGACGCCAUCAUCCAGGACUUUAGCAUCAAGGACAAAGUUGCAAUCUACGACCUGACACUGACCAUUGACGAUGGCUAUUGGUGCACCGAAAUGACAUUUGAGGACUUUGAGCUGAUCCAUAAGCAACUGCAGAAACAUUUCAUCGAAUCCGCGAUUCCUCAAUUCCCGUCAUGGUAUAUGAUGUCAUUCAACCCCAAUAGGAAAAUGUCUCAACUGAAUAAAUACCUCAAACAGCUUUUUGAGGGACCUUGCAAGGGAAAUGAAUUUGUGUGCAGCUUGUUCUUGGAUGGGCCCAAAGUGGUGAAAGAAUAUGUGGUAAAAGAAGCUUGUCCUCAAAUCCAGCUGUGCAUUUCUUACAAGGGCUGUAAGCUCUCAGUCUUGGUAAAACACCUCAAGAACAUUAAGAUGCCCAAUGGCUCCAACCCUGAUGCCUAUGUGAUCACGCGUCUGAGACCGGAUCCCCAGCGGAAGUCCAAGAGGAAGACUAAAGUGGUGCGGAAUAAUGACAGCCCAACAUUCAACGAACUGCUGGAGUGGUCUAACGUCCCCCUGCUUUACGGGAUGGUGCUGGAGGUGAGCGUGAAGAGCAAAAAGACGUUUGUCGCUGCCGCCAACAUCAAACUGGACGAGGAGCUGCUCAACAAGGAGACUUGGUUCACAUUGGGAAACUCGGCACUCUGACCUGACUUGUUGCACUGCGGGCCUGUAGCCGACAGGGGGCGCAACCCCAAUAUCUUUUGUCUCAACUACAAUGUAGUGACCGAAUGCUGAUGAAGUUGUAACUGGAAAAAAAACCUAAUGAAGUACACUGUUAUGAAUAUGAACUGCAGUAACUGAAUGCACUGAUUAGUUGUUGUUGUUAAAUGCCAAUGAAUUCAACAAGUCAAGUCAACAGUAUUUAUAGAGCACUUUCAAACAGCCAUCGCUGUAUACAAAGUGCUGUACAUGGAGCAAUUUAACAUCCACAAUAAACUGUAAGACAAAUCGGUAAUAAAGGCGGUAGAAAGCACCAAACAGUAAAAUCAAGAACAAAUCUAAGUCAUGCUGAGUUGAGAAAUCAUGAACAUGAAAAUUACCCCGUACAUUUUUUCCGCCCCAGUGGAUUUCUGUGGAUGGACUAAAAAUAUUUGGACAUGUUUGUAGGAAAAAUUUGCACACACCAUCCCUUUACUGUGACCCCAUGAACUCAUUUAUGGCUGCCCUUUUUUUUCCAGACAAUGCUAUGGCCUGACUAAAUGAAACUCCUCACCCUACUUCAACAUAGUUAAAGAUGCCACUAGAUGGAACCAAAGCAAUUAUUAUAUUUUACAUACAGCGAGUAUGAAUGGGGGCGGGGGGGUUUAAAUGUAUCUGGAGGGGUGUAAGGUGUGCAAAAAAAAAAAUGUUUUGUACUUUGUACGACUUUUGGUGUGAAGUUCACGCAAUAGAUGACAGCAAAAGAACAAAAUUAGUGUUUUGUUUAUGCCAGUGAUUGUCAAAACUUUUAAUAUCAGUACCCUUGUCUUUGUUUUUAAACAUUUGUUUAGGCCAAAUUGUUUUUUUACAUUUUUGGGCCAAUUGAAAUACUGAAGUGUUUUGCAUCGGAGUGAAAACUUCGCUUAGAGUUUUUUUCUCGGUGGUACUUGGUUUAAAACCACUGGUUUUCACAUUUAAGGACAUUUGCAAUUUACAUUUAAGGACAUUUACAAUCUAACAGCAAAAGCUUCAGUUUUUUUCACAAUGUCCAACAACUUCAGCUCUGUCCAAAAAUGGCAUAAGAGACUGUUUGAAUAUCGCCAUAAGUCACAUUUGUAACUAUUUUCAUACUGCGCUGAUAUCACCUUUUUCCGUGAUGCAAUUCUAAAUUUGUUAACAAGGUUGUACAAUCAUGUGGACGGCGGCACCAGGCUUGAGGGACUCAAGUUUGACACCUUUGCUAAUUUGUGUGUAUGUGUGUGAGAAUAAGAUGUUAUUUAAAAAGGAAAAAAAGAAAACACCUUUGCCCAUUACGAGUAGGUAAGACCCCCUCCCACAAUACACCUCACCGGUCACGUAGUUCCUUAUGUUAUCUUAAUGGCAUCCUCCUGCUGACAGCUCUUCUCUCACCACCUCAUUUAUUGGAUUUGUUGAUGAAGCCAGACUGAAAUAGACUUUUAUUCACUGCAUAUACUUCAAUAAUGUAUACCUGUGUGCAUGCUAUUUAUACGAUUCCCUUUUGGAUUCUGCACAUGGGAGGGAAGGAGUGUUGCUUGGGGUGGGUUAAAAAAAAAAGAAGCCUUUUUUUCAGGGUAGAGGCCAUGGAGCGUUACUGUGACCUGGCAUGUUUCAUUAGGUCUCAGCCACAGCAAAAGCGUAGGAUUUAUUGCUCUGAGAGGGAAAACAACUCUGCUGGCAUUAACCGAACUCACAUCAAACAUUCAUUUUGUUACACAAAGCUACAAUCUCACAUGAGGGAUUUGCCCUUCAUUUCGGUUUGUACAAGCUGCAAACAGAUUUUCGCAGGGCCGCUUGUUGGAGUGUUCUGUUCACCCCCUCGUGCAGCGCAGAACUGGCAGGAAUAUAGCACAUCUAUUUUCACACAAUAAAACUGAUAUUUAUAACUGAGGAAA